AUGCAUCUCGGAUAUAUUUUCGUCCUUUUUAUUUUCUCGGAAACUCAAAGUACAGCGGUGUUAGAGGUGGAAGGGGACCCGGCAAUCGCUGUUUUGGUUGAAGAUUGCAGGAACGAAAGUGAAGUGAUUCCUUAUAGAAAACAAUCUUUGGUUUCCACGGCAGUAUGGACGACCGACAGGGUAAACUUUCUGGAAUAUCUAGCUCCUAUGAAGUUAGGGCUGAAAGUUUUCGAGAUAUGCACAGAAGCUGAGUAUUUUAAAUGUGUGUUCGACUUGUAUAAUCAAAACGAGACAUUUAUACUUGGUCUUGUUACAGAAAAAAAGUUAAACGAUAGACUGGUCAAGUUUGGUGAUUUGUUAGAUUUGAGAACAAUUCCAGUACCACACCAGUACGGCUUUUUGAUAAAAACUGCAGUAAAGUUGUUAAGUGCGUUAGGUUGGAUUGAGAAUGUGACGAUUUUGGCUCCAGACGAGACUAUUAUCAGUGAGUUCUACAAACAUUCCAAAAGUAGUUUUAUAUGUAUCAAGGAAUGUAUUGUCUAUGAACAUAGUUGUCCAGUAACGUUUAACAACUCAGCAACUUACAUCUUCUUUGGCAGCAUUAAACAAAUAGAGGAAUUUGUCAAAUUCCAAGAAUAUUUAGAAUCAGACGAAGUAGAUGCCAUAUUUGUACCUCUCGAUGGAUCUGUUCCGACAGGAUUGCCCGAAUCAAGUUUCGUUAUCAUACCACCUCAUCAUCCAGCAUUAACGAAGUAUAAAACCACAGAAAAUAUUCUCCCAUCACCCAUGUUCCUAUCGACGGCGAAAGCCAUUCUUACGUUUUCGAAAAAUAUCGAAAAAUACGUAGAAAAGAACUGUAAUGAUACUUCAUAUAAAGUUAAUUGCCUAAGAAGCAAAUUUAAUAAAAGAUACCGACCAGUAUUAAUGUCGCCGAAUGGUAUUCUUGAUAUUUUAAAAAUUGAACCCCUAACUUCAAACUUUGUCUAUGAUAUUUACAGAGUCGAAAAUGAUACCUCAAAUAUCAGCGUACUAGCUCUAAGGAACAACUUCCUUCAGCCUUACACAAAAAUAUUUUCGUAUAACAUAUUUUAUGAUAAUAUAACACUAGUUGACCAAUCUUUCGAAGACAGAUCUCCAAACGUUUCUGUAAACGAAGCAACCGGCAACUGUCUGCAUUAUUUUAAGGAAAAACGCUUCACAUUCUUCAUAGAUAAUAUUUCUAACCUUUCGUUUAGAUCUGAAGCUUGGGUCUAUGCAUUUCUCUCUUUAUCUCUUCUAGGAGUAAUAUUCUGCAUGUCCAUUAUUAUAUUUCUACUAAUAUGUAUCUGCAGAAGAGAUAUCUUGGAAGGAAAUCCAAUUCUCACAAUUUCCCUUCUAGUAGCCGUUAUGAUAUUAUUCUGUUCUGUACUACCUUUCAGUCUACAAGACAACAGUUCUACGAAAAAUCCUCUUUGUUUAGCUAAAUCUUUAAGUAUUACACUUGGCUACGCUAUGGUGUUUUCUUUACUUCUUUCAAGGUGUAUUCUUCUGGCUACAGCCUCUAAAGAAAUCGGAUUCAUGUCACACAUAGCUGGACCAGUACAAGCAUUUUUAUGUCUCUUCAUCUUUGGUGUACAAGCUGCACUAAGUCUUCAAAUAAUUGGAAAAUGCCAAGAAGUGUUUGCCAGACAAUCUUUUAUUUAUCUAUUGAGCUACAACAUUAUGCUGCUGUUACUUUUACUCUGCCUUUGCCCUCUUAUCUUCAAAUGCGAAAGAAAUUACAGGGAAGGGAAAUAUUUCUGUAUCGCGAUUAUAUCUGUUACAAUCGUGUGGUUAAUUUGGCUACCAAUUUAUAUGUUCUACGAUGAAGGCUGGACAGAACCAAUGCUUUGUUUGGGACUGGUUGGUACAGCUGGCGUAUUUUUGGGAGCCAUAUUCAUUCCAAGGACAUACCUGAUGACCAUUGCAGCAGCCAGGAACAAAAUCACCAGUACUUUGCCUUCUCUAAAUACAGCGAAUAGUAUUGUAGAUAUAUAUAGAAGCAAUACGCAGCCCAUUUACGAUUGCGUCAACGUAGCAGCCAUCAAUGCAGUAAAUGUGGCCAGAGCUGGAGUCACUUUGUCGGGGCAGCAAGUUAUGCAGCAGCCAGAUCUGUACACGUGUCCAGCACUACCUGACGAUGAAGAUUUGGACUUCCGUUGCGACAGUCCAACUACCAAUGAUAAAAUUACUCGAUUCUAG